CGUAGAUCUAUGAGUGCAAUAAUUAUAGUUUUGACCACGCUGCGAAGUACUUUUCGCGACCCAGCUUCUUUCGGGCCCAAAAUGCUAGACGCCUGAACCCCGGCACUGUAGUCCCCUUCUUGCCGGCACGUAGGCCACAACAAGACAAGAUGUUCAAAAAGCUAUUUGGACAGAAGGCUUCGCCUGGCGCGGUCUCACAAUCUUCCGCCACAGCAGCGAACAAGACUAUCUCUGCCAUCCAGAACCUGACUGAUCAUGAGGAGACUUUGGAAAAACGUAAAGCUCUGCUCGAGAAGCGCGUGGAACAGGAGCAGGAGAAGGCGAAGAAGUUUCUUAGCGAGAAGAAGAAGGCCCAGGCACUGCAAUGCCUGAAGAAGAAAAAGCUCCUGGAGAACGAAAUUGCCAAUCUAGACAACAUGAUUAUGCGGGUUAAUGAGCAGCGAAUGAUGCUCGAGGGCCAGCGCACGACAACCGAGGUGGUGUCCACUAUGCACAGCGCUGCGUUGGCCGCGAAGGAGAACAUGCGGGUCAUGAAGAUCGAGAACGUGGACAAGGUUGUAGACGAAAUCAACGAGACUACGGACCAAAUGCGCCAGCUCAAUGAGGUGUUCGCCGCUCCUCUAGGGCUUGGCGCGGACCUAGACGAGGACGAACUCAUGAACGAGCUCGAAGAGCUCGAGGCCUCGGAGCUGGACAAGGAGCUACUGGAGCCGGCACCUGUCCCCGUUACUAAGGCGCGAACGGCAAACGAUUGCGAAUUUGGGUUCAAAAGUAUCGACGUGGAUCUCACCUGGGCGGAACUGAGCCAGGAAAGCUACAUCUCCCUGGGUGCCUUCGCGGAGCAGGAGGGCCGCCAGGUGCCGGUGGCCUUCGUGGUGGCGGAGAUCUGCCGGAGGGGCCCGGAGCAGCUGCCGGCGGCCGGGAAACUGGGCGCGGAGGCCCGGGACGAGGACACGGACCGCGGCAAUGGUCAGCCCAGCAGCAGCACUACUGGCGGUAGCAGCAGCAGUAGCACCAGCAGCAGCAGCCGAUCCGCUCGCCGGCUGUCUGGCAGCGAGUAUGAGCCUGUAAGGAUCAGUCGGCGGGAGAUGGCCGCCGCCCUGGAGGCGGCUGGGUGCGUCAACCCGGGGGACACGGCGGUGGCGAUCUGGUAUAUCGGAGUGUCGUACGAGUACCGGCGACAGGGUCUGGGCUCCCAGCUGAUUGACCUGGUGCGGGAGGUGGCGGAGCAGGCCGGGUGUAAGGCCAUGUUCCUGCACGUGGCGGAGUACAAUCCCAACGCAAUCGCUUUCUACGGCAGCUACGGCCUCACCGCUGCACCGGGUGUAUGCAAGCAGGGCGAGCGGGGCCGCCACCUGCUGAUGCACAUGCCGUUGGAGCCAGUGGGACUGGGACCGGGGGAACCCGGGGAGGCCGCGUCGCUGUUUUCGGCGUGUGAUGUGUCGCUGUUGGGUACCGGCGUUGGCCGCGGGGCCGGAUUCGGAGCCGGGAAGAAGAAUAAGAAUAAGAAACAGGGCCGAGCUGGGAAGCGGCGGGUGCUGCCGGAGGGGCGUGGGGGGAGAGAGAGCUACUGGGGGCUCGGCCCUGUGUCGGGGCCGAAUGCCACUGUGGACUGCGGCGGCGGUAUUGGAUGGGUAUCCUCGUGCGGCGGUGCUGCACUACGACGGUACAGAUUGCGCCACCGGACAUCCGCGGUGGGGGGAGGGGGAGGAGGUGUUGCUACGCGCAUGGGCGGGUCGUCCAUGUUAGGGGGAGGGGGUGUAGCGGGGGGGAGGCUGUAUGGCGGCGGGCGCUGCUUUGUGGCGAUGGGGGCGCUUGUGAGAGGAGUCCAGACAGGCGGCCUGGCGCUGGCGCCUGUGCGGUCGGGUAGCAGGGCGUCGCUGCAGGUGGUCGCUGGGGGGUUGCGGAUGCAACUGGCCGUUGGGGAGUUGCGGCGGGCGCUCCAUUGCGUGCAAGGCGACGAACAGUGGAAUUGCUCGGGCAUAGCGCAGAUGCUUCAGCGCGCGCUCGAAAUGUCCGAACGGGGCUGCGUCCAAUCCGCCCGAAAAGCAGCUGUCGGUCUGCUGGACUUCCAUAAAAUGGUGGAGAAGUAUCGCCAAGUUGUAGCUUCGCGGACGAAGUCCUCAAGCAGUGGUCACUCUACCGGCUCAGGCAAGCGCAACUGCAGCGAUGACAUGGAUUCGGACUUUUCAGAAGAUGCGUGCGGACCUCUAAAGCGGCAGCGGACGGUCGGGCUUGAGGAGAGCAGUGUACCCGAUGAGAAUCACAGCGACCAACGGCCUUCGGAGUUUGCUGUCCCGCACCUGCCGGCAAAGAAGGCGCAGCACACUGCACCUAAUGUUCAGAACGGGCGCGACCUCGUCUACUGCAAGAUCAGUGUGCCGCUACCUGCAGAAUGUGCCAAAGAGCUUACAUAUGGGCAGGACAUGGAGGUUGUGCAACUCGCACCGCGGCGAGGCGUGAAGCUGGGGCGGCAUCGCGUUUGCAAGUGCACUAUUGUCGAGGCGUCCGUAGCGCAGCUCGCGAAGCUCAAGUCAAUGGCGCAGAAUGAGCUUGUAGCUCUUGCGCCGUUGGAGAACCAUGGCCUUAUCCUGGUGCCGUACCUUGACAACGCUGGGGGCGUCCGGCUGGUAUGCUUUUGCUUGACUCUCUAG